UCCAUUGUUGGAGCUGAAGAUUUACAGGCACAACAUGAAUGUAGCGAAACAGAGGAAGGCGCUGUGCCUGAAAAAUCUUGGAAAAAAUGGCUGGAAUUUCAACUCCAUGGAAGGAGACAGAAUUUUCCUUAACCUCCUUCUGCAGGCGGCGAUCUGGAGCCAACGAACCACCAAAUUAAGCCGGAAAACAAGAACUGCGGUUUUCUCCGUUUCUUCCAUGGGAUUAUUACCCAUUUUUCUCUGUUUCCGUCCUUCCAGAAUCCCUAAUUUACUUUCCGAUUACCUCAGGCCGGCGUCGUCUGGGAGGACCGGCGAGAGUUUCUCCGGCGCCAUUCAACGACUAGUCUUUUGCCGGAAACUCUUCUAAUGUCUUCUUCAUCGGAUUCUCCCUCGCCUACUUCGGAUUCCUCGUCGCCUCCGCCAUCUGAUUCUUCUCCGCCUCCGCCGUCUGGUUCUUCUCCGCCUCCGCCGUCUGGUUCUUCUCCGCCUCCGCCGUCUGGUUCCUCUCCGCCUCCGCCGAACGAUUCUCCUCCACCUCCGCCGGACGCAUCGCCGCCGCCGCCGCCGCCUCCUGAUUCCUCUUCUUCACCCCGACCGCCAUCACGGAAAGACUCGAAAUCUUCAUCUCCUCCAUCUCCUCCGCCGCCGCACGGUUCCUCUAGGCAUUCUCCUCCGCCUCCUCCGAAAUCGAUUUCGCAUCACUCUCGAUCCGCAAACUCCUCAUCCGGCGGCUCUAAAGCCGAUGCGUUGCCGAUCUUUACAGGACUGGCGGUGGCGGUAGGAUUUAUGCUACUCGCCGUGGUUUUAAUGUUCUUCGCUUGCAGGCGAAAGAAACAGAACAAAAAUAGUGAUUCCAUGGGCUUCGAUGAACCGUCUUCUCCGAGAAGUGGGGAUCCAUAUUACAUGAGAAUGAAUUACAACUGGAACAACCCGAACGAACACGUCGUGAACAUAACGCCAGUCGGCGGCGGAGGGCAAGGAGGAGAAUGGCCGCAGCCGCCGCCUCCGCCGCCGACUCCUCCGCCGUUGGGAAUAGUUAGCAGUGAUAUGAGUUCGAAUAACUCGGGGCCACACGGGCCGGUGUUUCCGCCGCCUCACCCGUCGGUGGCGCUAGGGUUCAAUAAGUGCACGUUCACAUUCGACGAGCUGAUGGCGGCGACGGGGGGAUUCUCUCCGGCGAACCUGUUAGGGCAAGGGGGAUUCGGGUACGUUCACAAAGGAGUUUUGCCUAACGGCAAGGAAAUUGCAGUGAAGAGCCUGAAAUCGGGAAGUGGUCAAGGAGGUCGGGAAUUCGCGGCGGAAGUGGAGAUAAUUAGCCGCGUUCACCACCGCCAUUUGGUGUCGUUAAUCGGACAUUGCAUCGCCGGUGAACGGAAGUUGUUGGUUUACGAAUUUGUCCCUAAUAACAACCUCCAAUUCCACCUUCGCGGCAAGGGGCAGUCACCGUUGGACUGGCCAACCAGGGUGAAGAUAGCAUUGGGCUCAGCCAAGGGCCUCGCCUAUCUACACGAAGACUGUCAUCCUCGCAUCAUCCACCGAGAUAUCAAGACUGCGAAUAUUCUCAUAGACAUGAGUUUUGAAGCCAAGGUGGCUGAUUUUGGAUUGGUGAAGCUCAACCAAGACAACGACACUCAUAUAUCGACUCGUGUCAUGGGCACAUUUGGAUAUUUAGCUCCGGAAUAUGCAUCAUCGGGAAAGCUAACAGAGAAAUCAGAUGUAUUCUCAUUCGGAGUAGUGCUUUUAGAACUGAUAACGGGAAGGCGACCGAUGGACACGAUGGGAGAGUUCAUGGAGGAAAGCUUAGUAGAUUGGGCGAGGCCUCUAUGCAUGCAAGCAAUGAAGAAUGCAAACUAUGAGGUGCUGGCUGAUUCACGGUUGGAGAAGAAGUACGCCGCCCCCGAAAUGGGCUGCAUGGUCGCUUGCGCCUCCGCUUGCAUCCGUCAUUCGGCUCGACGUCGUCCCAAAAUGAGUCAGGUGGUGAGGGCUCUAGAAGGCGACGUGUCACUAGAGGAUAUGAGCGAUGGAGUAAAGGCAGGGCAGAGCUCGUACUUCGGCUCAGGCACGACCUCGGAGAACGAUGGAAGCUCCGAUACCGCCGACGUGAAGAGGCUCCAAAAGAAAGCGAAGGACAGCCGGGAGGAAAUAAGCAGCGAUUGCGGCGGCACUAGCGAGUACGGACUAAACCCUUCGGCAACAAGCGGCGAGAUCAGCUUGAAGCCCGGCCGCCAGUCAUCCCCAAACGUACGGGCCACCUAAGUAAAAAGCUUGGACCGGCCGGUCGAUGAAGUCUCUCCCCUUGCCUUAGUGUAAUUUCAUCACUUUAAAUUAUUAGUAUUUAUUACAGUUUGUAGU